ACAGUGUAUAUGUAUCUGUGUUUCGCCAUGAUGUGACUCUUACACUUGUCGCCUGGUCAUUAUGUGUUAACGUUGGCUCGCGCGCCGAACUCAGUUUAAAGAUCUACGAGUUCAGUGUGACCUUGCUCGUUGGUAAAAAAGGGCAAAAGCCAGAGUCAACCAACUGUUAACGUUUAAAAAUGUCGUUUCGCAAAUUGAUACAACGAAUCCAAUGGAUGCUGGGUGUAUUACCAAGGUCAAGUAAUUCUUAAUUAAUACCACACUACACAUAUAUUUUUGCCGAUACGGAAGGGAGUGCGGUUGGACGGCGCCGCACGGGGAAACGGAACGCCUCGCAGCCGGUGAUCACAUCCUGCUUUGUCCUGCGGGCUGUUUGUGAGAAAGUCGCAGUCGCACAGUGAUGCAAAGAAACAGCGAUGUGAGUUGCUGUCGUUACCGUUAAGCAGGACACGUAUGGAAACAAACAGCAGGGAUGAGGACAUUGUGAAGUCCACUGUGGAGCACAGAGGAGCAGGAGGCCACAGAGGAGGGGGCCUGGCCACUGUCACAGCCCAUUUUGAGCCCCUGCUGUGUAGAUGGAGCGGCUCCACUGGGUGCAGCACCGCUGUCGGCAGCUGCUAGCAGGAGACUCGGGGCGAGGCUGGUACUCUGCCCCUGAUGGCCUGCCCAACAAAAGCUCCCUGGACCCCCACAGCUCCCCACACAGAUGCAGUGGGAAGAGAAGAACAGUGUUUGCCCGCCAUGGGCCCCACCAGAAGGAGUACCAAGCCAUCUCCAAAGACUACAAGGUCAAUGCCAUCCGCACUACCAAGUACAGCUUGUUGACCUUCAUCCCCAUGAACCUUUUCCAGCAGUUUCACAGGGCUGCCAACCUCUACUUCCUGUUCCUGGCGUUGCUGAACUGGGUGCCAGUUGUUGAAGCCUUUCAGAAGGAGAUCACCAUGAUUCCCCUGCUGGUGGUCCUCACUGUGAUUGCCAUCAAAGAUGCCCUGGAAGACUACAGACGCUACCUGUUUGACAAGAAGGUCAACAACAAUGUAGUGCGGGUGUACUGUGGCAAACAGAAAGCCUACAUUGAGCAGUGCUGGAAGGAUGUGCGAGUUGGAGACUUUGUUCGUCUGUCCUGUAAUGAAAUCAUCCCUGCUGACAUGUUGCUGCUGUAUUCCUCUGACCCCCGUGGGGUUUGUUACAUUGAGACCGCCAACCUGGACGGAGAGACCAACCUGAAACAGAGACAGGUGGUUUCGGACCUCCCACUGCAGGGAGUAGAGUUCACCCCUGAGAGCUUCCACAGUCACAUUGAGUGUGAGAACCCCAACAAUGACCUCAGCAGGUUCAGAGGUUACAUGGAGCACUCCAAUGGGGUUCGUGUUGGCCUCCAUAACAGCAACCUCCUGCUGAGGAGCUGCACCAUCCGCAACACAGAGACUGUGGUGGGCAUCGUGGUCUAUGCUGGUCAUGAGACUAAAGCCAUGAUGAACAACAGCGGGCCGAGGUAUAAACGCAGCCAGCUGGAGAAGGGUCUGAACACAGAUGUCCUGUGGUGUGUGCUUCUGCUCAUCGUCAUGUGUCUGACUGCUGCCAUAGGUCACGGUCUCUGGAUGAAGCAGUUCAAAGAUCCUGUCUUCCUGGUGGAUGGGGAUACGUCUCCUGCCCUGGCUGGCUUCUAUGUCUUCUGGACCAUGAUCAUUGUGCUGCAGGUGCUGAUUCCCAUCUCUCUCUACGUGUCCAUUGAGAUUGUGAAACUGGGCCAGAUCUAUUUCAUUCACAAUGACCUCGCCCUGUACAACGAGCAGCUGGACUGCAGGAUCCAGUGCCGGGCCCUCAACAUCACCGAGGACCUGGGUCAGAUCCAGUAUCUGUUCUCUGAUAAGACGGGAACUCUGACAGAGAACAAGAUGGUGUUUCGCCGCUGCAGUAUCUAUGGAGUUGAAUAUCCUCAUGAGGAAAAUGCUCGGAGGCUGGAAGUGUACGAGGCAGAGAAGAAUGAAGCUGCAGGUCGCUCUAUGACUCUGAAGUCCGGCUGCAGCGGUAAAUCUCUGAGCUGUCGUUCCCUCAGCUGCAACCGCAGCUCCGUGUCUCUGCACACCCUCACUGCUGAGUCAGAGGAAGAGGAGGACCAACUGUCCAAUCACAUCCAGCCCAGGACCAGUGCCUUCUGCAGCCGCAUGGCGAAGGAGGUAGUACCUGACCCUGAGCUGGUGAGGAAGUUGAACUGGCUUUGCUCUCCUGUGAUGCCUCACUCUGGUGUCUCCUCUGUGACUCCAUCCAGCCUGGAGCUCACCUACAUCACUGACUUCUUCCUGGCUCUGGCAAUCUGCAACAGCGUGGUGGUCUCCUCACCCAGCCAGCCGCGACAUGUGGUGCCUGAAGCACGAACACCUCUCAAGUCCCUGGAAGAAAUCAAGCUGAUGUUCCAGCGCUUCAGCUUCUCUCCUUUCUCAGCCCUCUCCACCCUGUCCCCUCCCCAGAUCAGAGGCAGCCCUCGUAGCUUCACCAGCAGGCUCUUUGCCCGGGGGAAGACGGGCUCAGCAUCCCCCAACAGUACCACAGAGGGGUCAGAUCCAGGCAAAGACAGCAACCUGGAAACCUCCAACCCAAGGCAUAAGCUAGACUUAUCUGCCAGAGUGGAGGAAGGAGCCGCUGGGAAGGUGGAGGACAGGGAGAUGGAGGACGAUCUCAAGAGUAAACAGACAAACUCUGACGGGGCCUGGCAAGAUGCGGAGGACAUGAAUAGGGAAGUUGACACUGAGAGCAACACUGAUGAUGAACUGCUGUAUGAGGCAGAGAGUCCUGACGAGGCGGCUCUGGUCCACGCAGCCCGGGCGUACCGCUGCACCCUGCGGGGACGAUCUGCAGAGAGCCUGCUGGUGGAUCUGCCAGGAAUCGGCUCUCUGGCUGUCCAACUGCUCCACAUCCUGCCCUUUGACUCCAACAGGAAGAGGAUGUCAGUGGUGGUCCGCCACCCGCUCACAGGAGAGGUGGUGGUCUACACCAAAGGAGCUGAUUCAGUCAUCAUGGACCUGGCUGAAGGUGCAGAACAGGCUCAGGACAUCUACAGUCACAUCAGAGAGCAAACUCAGAAACAUUUAAACAGCUAUGCCAGAGAGGGCCUCCGCACACUCUGCAUCGCCAAAAAGGUUGUGGAGGAGGAGGAGUAUGAGGUGUGGCUGAAGAGACAGCUGCUGGCAGAGAGCAGCAUAGAGAACAGAGAGGAACUGCUGCUGGAGUCAGCACAGAGACUGGAGACCAACCUCACCCUGCUGGGCAGCACAGGGAUCGUAGAUAGACUGCAGGAAGAGGUCCCAGAGACCAUAGAAGCUCUUCAGAGGGCCAACAUCAAAGUCUGGGUCCUCACUGGAGACAAACAAGAGACAGCCAUCAACAUCGCCUACGCCUGCAAACUCCUCCGUCCCAGCGACCGGCUUCUGACUGCCAACUGUGGAAGCAAGGAUGCGUGUGCAGCCUUACUUGAGGACCUCAAACUGGAAGUGCAGCACGGUGAGGACGGUGUGACUGAGCAGACUGCAGCAGGGAAUCAUGGGGAAUUGUCCUCAGGCUGUGCGGCUGGCUUCAUUCUGGUUAUAGAUGGCCGGACGCUGGACUGGGCACUGCAGGAGGAACUGAAGAGAGACUUUCUGGAGCUGAGCUGCAGCUGCAGGGCGGUCAUCUGCUGCCGCUCCACCCCGCUGCAGAAGAGCCAAGUAGUCCAGCUGAUCCGGGACCAGCUGAACGUCAUGACCCUGGCUGUGGGUGAUGGAGCCAAUGAUGUGAGUAUGAUACAGGUGGCUGAUGUGGGUAUCGGGAUAUCUGGUCAGGAGGGCAUGCAGGCUGUGAUGUCCAGUGACUUUGCUAUCUCCAGGUUUAAACACCUCAGUAAACUGCUACUGGUCCACGGUCACUGGUGUUACUCUCGUCUUGCAAACAUGAUCCUCUACUUCAUCUACAAGAAUGUGAUGUAUGUGAACCUGCUGUUCUGGUAUCAGUUCUUCUGUGGUUUCUCUGGGAGCGUUAUGACCAACUCCUGGGUUCUGAUCUUCUUCAACCUGCUCUUCACCUCCGUUCCUCCUCUCAUCUAUGGCGUGCUGGACAGAGACACACCUGCAGACACCCUGAUGCAACUGCCUGAGCUCUACCAGGCUGCACAGACUUCCAAGGUCUAUGCUCCCUACAUGUUCUGGAUCACUGUCCUGGAUGCUUUUUAUCAAAGCCUUGUCUGCUUCUUUGUGCCUUAUUUUGCAUACGCAGGGUCAGACGUCGGGGAGCUGUCCUUCGGCUCUCCAAUCAAUGCCUCGGCUCUCCUCAUCAUCCUGCUGCACCAAGUCAUCGAGAGUCAUACUCUGACAUGGAUUCAUGUGCUGGUGUUGGUGCUCAGCGGGGGUUUCUACUUCGGCUUUGUGUUGCUCUUCAGUGUGUGCUGUGUGACCUGCAGCCCCCCAACCAACCCUGUGGGUGUGGAGACACUGCAGAUGUCCCAGCCUCUCUUCUACAUCGUGUGUGCUCUCACUACUGUGACGGCUCUGUUACCCAGGCUCUUGUUUCGGGCUCUGCACAGCUCCUUAUACCCGCCUGCUGUGAAGAAAGCAGCUCAGUUGGACAAAGUGGAUUCAGAGAAAUACUGCAGGAGAAUGCAGCGCUGGAACCUGAACCACUCCAGAGCCAACAGGCUGCCAGUAUGUGCUGACAACCCCGGCCUGGAGCCCAGCACAGGAUCAGUGGUGUCCUGACCAAGCGCCUGCACACACACACACACACACACACACACACACACAGCAGGCCAUGUCAGCAGAGCAGAAAGACUCAUGGCCACGUAAGUUCAGCUGACAUGCUGAAGUCAGUUGCAUGUCAGAGACAGAAUAGCACAGAGACAUUUGUGGAUGGAUCCUUCAGUACAAUCAAAGCUUUUUAGUAAACUGCUCCACUCCUCAUCUAUUUAUAGACUGACUUGGCUUCAUGUUUACCAAAGGACUCUUGGUGAAUUGAUUUUUCUUCUGUGACGUGAGCUGCUAGAAACAAAACCAUAUUUUGAUUGGACAUGGAAACAGAAUGGAAAAUAUCCCACUGUUGGAAUGUUGUCUUUACUGAAUGGAUCAGAAUAGUGAGUAUCUGGUGAAAUAGCACAUCAGCCAUCAAUUCAUGGUAACAGAAGCUGUGAAACAUUGACCAUCAGAAGGAGCUGUAUGUAUCAUUGUAACAUGAGGAAAUCAUCAGCACAUUCACCUUCUGACAUUGGCUUCAUUAACAUAAAGAAAGUCUCUUCUGGCCAAUAGUCUGUACUGUGGGUUACAUUGAGAUGGUUGCAACAUUCACACUGCAGGUGACCAAAUAUUUUCUUUUUAAUUUUCACAUCUCCCAUCAGUAUGACCUUGUGCUGCAUGACCACAUGGAGAGGUGUUCAUCAGAGAGACAGUGAAGUGAUGCCUCACUAAAAGCCGAUAUUCAAAUCUUGGUUCUCUUUUCGCCUCCUCACCCUUAUCAUUUUUCUUCUAAACUUCAUUGCACAUGAAUACUUCCAUCAUGCAUGAGUAUACCUGUUAUCACACUGUUGACAGUGAUGACACAUCUCCAUGACAACUGACCAAAACUCCACUGAAGAAGCCACAGAGUGUGGUGAAAAGUUCCAGGAAACAACAAGGACUGUAAGUGGUUCUUAAUAACAGCGAUUUUAAUCAAUAUUAAUAUCAAACAUGUUUCUGAGGUCAACUGAAAGCCUGCGGUGUGAAUGUAACACCUUUAACCUCUAUAUAUGAAGGAGGAAUGGGGGGGGACUACCAGCACCGCAGCACCCUGUGUGAUCCAGCUGUCUGCAUCAUGGUCUCAUUAGUUUCUGUCUACUACAGUGUAGAUACCACUUUUUGUGACUUAACUGUGUGGUGGAGUUUUUUUUUUUUUUUUUAUCACUGAUGUCUUUUUAAUCUUUAGUCUGCUUGGCACUGUUUCAUGAGGAACAAACACACUAGCAUGCUCACAAUGUUAGGAAUGUGUUUACACUUUUGUGAGCUGUGGACAGUGUGUAGAGAUUAGUGGAAUUUCAGAGCUGUUAGAAUAAGCAGCCUGUUUUUGUUUACCUGCUCAGCUGCUCUCUCUGCACUGACCACCAGGGCAGAAGAGGUCAGUUGGGGUAAAUGAAGGAAUCAUCACUGAGUCAUACUGACUUGAUUUGGACCAGUCUGUGUGUAUUUAUUAGCUGACUUUGUGUUGCUGAUAUCAGUACUCUCCAUCCUCUCCACCAGCACCUUUCUCAGCAGUCACAUGACAAUACUACACCACAGAACAAGGACUGAGCUUGAGCUGUUUCUCAGGGCAGACUGAUGGAUCUGCAGAAUAAGUCAUAAUUCUUCAUCUGAGCUGCACCAGCAAGGAUUAACAGAAAUCAAGAUUUAAAGGUGAUUUUGUUCCUAAUAGUCCCACUUGGUUAUAUCAUAUCCCAGCUCACUGUGCUUAUAUUAGAAAUAUUGUAAGCCAUGAUUGAACCAAAUCACAUCCAAGACUUAAUUCUGUUACAGCUGAAACUGCAAUUUAAAUGUAACCAGUUUCAAAUGCUCCAAAUGUCAGGUGAUACUGUAAAUUCUUCCAAAUGAUUGUGCGCUCGCACAUUUUAGCUUCAUUACAUUUUGCUGACUGUUUUCAAAUGAAUGCUAUACAAUUUUAAAUUGUCAGAUGUAUUUUUACUACUGUAUACUAUUUAUCCUUGCACACAAACAAGCCUUGUUAGCUCAGUUAGAAAAUGAAAUUUAAUUAUCUCUAUAUAAUAAAAAAGACCUCUCAGAUUCACAGAUCGCACAUAUUUUAUGUACUGCUGAAAGGUGGUGAUUAUGGUCUGGUUACCUUGUGUACUGAUGUCUUAUAUUUGAGUCUAAAUCAGUAUAUUGGUGUUAUAGAUGUGGCAGGGAGUGAUUAGAAAAAUACAUACUGCACAGACUUUGUCAAUUUCAAAGCAAUUAGAGUAAAAAUGGCCUGUAAAGUUAUUACUAUUCAUCUUUUUUUGUUUUUGGAAGAAUCAUAUCAUUUUGUAGGUCCAUGAACUUGGGAAGGUCUGAACUAACAUGCACAACCACUGAUACGGUCCUUCUAAUUGUCACUUGUAGUGGUUUAAUUUGCAUCAGUAGUUAAAGCAUCACAGGCAGAUUUCUUCCAGAAAAAUUAAAGAUAGACCAAAGUCUGUCUCAAGUUUAAUGUGUUCUCAAAUGUGGUCAAAUUAACACUACUUUUCCUGUCAGUAUAAUGCGUAUGUGUUUAUCACCAUAAUACUGUUAAUAACAGACAGUUCGGCUGUGUGUGAUGUAACAGAUUUGAUAUGGAACUUGAACACCAUGAUAUUUAAAUUUGAAUUAAAUAUCAUAAUGACAUUAAUCUGAAUUAUCUUUAAAAUGAGAGUUUAAACAAAAAACAAAUAAGAUCAAAAUAGUUUCACCCUUGUCUGUGCAGCACAGCAGUGGAAUACUGUGUGAAUGUUAUGUGAAGGAACACCCAGCCAGCCUGUCAGCAUCCACGCUGCCCUCUCCUCCUCUGCAACUUAACAUGAACUGGCCUUACUGCAUCUGUGCACAUCUGUAUGAGUGAACCAGGUGAUAACAUGAAGAUAAUCUUUCAGCCUUAACUUUGAUGCAAUACUUUCUAGAUGUUGACUUUUCUACAAAAGCCUUAAAGAUUAAAGUGCAGUCAACACAAGUCACUUUUUUCUACUCUGUAAUUGAGUUGUUAAAUUAGAUGUAUGAUAUGUAUGAAACUUCCAGUGACUGUGAGACUUUCCAAUAAACAGCUUGUUGUUCA